AUGAGGGUUGUCAACGACGAUAACCGCGAGCCGUGCAACACUCGUAUUAUUAGAGGUCGUAGAAAAGGCAACGGGCGAGUCGCCGCCGGGUCGAGCGCCCGCGAAUGUGAAGUGCGGCGGGCAACGCGGCCGGAGCGGGACUGGGCCGACGAGGGCCGCGCCUGCGUGCGCUACACCCGGCUCGCGGAGGCUCGCUCGGAUCAAUCCGUUGCGGUCCGUGAGUCGGUCGGGUUCGUACACGCCCGGCGGCGCUCGGCCGCGUUCGCGGUGAGCGUGACGUCAUCGCGGGACGCACGCGCGGCGACAGGUGGGCGCAAUGCGCCGCACCUAUCAUAUGAUUAUGACGUUUCCUAUUGGAUUUGGUACCGGGACGUUUGGCUGGAAAUUGGUUGCGGCAAGUUUGCACACAACGACCGCUGCUUGGGGGUUGGGUGA